AUGCCAUGCUGGUAUUAUGAAAAAAAAGAAUUACGAAAUACACCAUCUAUUCAAGAUGGGAUUGAUUAUGAAACAGAAUGUCGAUAUAGAAAGGAAGGUGCAAGAUUCAUUAUUGACACAGGCACAAAAAUGGACUUAGGUUAUAAUACAAUGGCAACUGGUGUUGUUUAUUUCCAUAGAUUUUACAUGUUUCAUUCAUUUAAAAAUUUUCCAAGAUAUGUGACUGCAUGCUGUUGUUUAUUCCUGGCAGGCAAAGUUGAAGAAACUCCAAAGAAAUGUAAAGAUAUAAUUAAAACUGCAAAGUCUUUGUUAACUGAGCAAAAGUUCAUGACAUUUGGUGAGGAUCCAAAGGAAGAAGUCAUGACAUUAGAAAGAAUUUUAUUACAAACUAUUAAAUUUGAUUUGCAAGUUGAGCACCCAUAUAGUUAUUUGCUGAAAUAUGCAAAAUGCCUUAAAGGUAUGUAUCAAUACAAAUUCUGUGAAUUAAAUGAUAGUUUGUGUACCACAUUAUCCCUACAGUGGGAACCAGAAAUUAUAGCUGUUGCUCUCAUGUAUUUAGCAGGGAAACUUAGUAAAUUUGAAGUGGUAGAUUGGAAUGGAAGACAACCAAAACAUUUACGGUGGUGGGAUAUGUUUGUUGAGGAUGUUACUAUGGAUCUGUUAGAAGACAUAUGUCACCAAGUAUUAGAUUUGUAUUCACAAGCUAAUAAUACAAAACCACCAGAUUCACCACCACUAACACCAUCUAAUGAGCCCUGUAGAGACAGAGCUAUAGUAGCACCCCCCACAGAAUCAGCAUCUACUACACCAAAUGUUACGCCAGGAAAAUCUACUAAAGUUGAAGCAACUGCAGUCUCUGCAAAUGGAUGUCCAACUACAGAUACUACAGAUUCAAUGAAACCAAUGGAUGUGCCAACACACUUCCCAACAUAUCCAGCCAAUUUUGCACCUAGUAAUAUCAACUAUCCACCAGCCUUUCCUCCAGCUAAUGUUUCUGUACCUCCCCCUCCUGUAAAUACAAUGAAUCAUAUUGUUCCACCCAUGCAUCAUAUGGGCUCUUCGGGUACCAUACGACCUGCACCACCCGCCCCUACUACAACACAAGCACCAUUUCAACCAUAUCCUUAUCCUACAAAUGCAUCAUACUUUCCUCCAAACAACCCAGUACCUCCUGCACCUGCACCACGUACAUAUUACCCACCACAACCUUAA